AUGGCACGAGAUGUCCACGGCGGGUGGGACGAGGACGACACCUGCACGGAGAGAGACAGCGACGACAGCCCCAUACUCUCAUACAGGUAUGACAAGCGUCGCUACCCGUACAGAGAGCGGCCGGCGGAGCGUCGCUGGGCGGUGACCACGGUCGCCAAGUUCUCCUUCUACUGCACGGCCAUGAUACUGUUCUGCGUGUUAAUGUACAUACCAGUUUAUAACAGAGCCAACGAACAGAUACCAAAGGUGGCUGUAGCCGGAUGGUCGAUUCACACGAACAGAGACACAAAAAUAUACGUCCAACCAGACAACGUCACAACAAUACAUGAACCGAAAGAUGUCUGUCCCAAGAGUAACAGAGACAAAAAGAAUACUCUGUUCCUACUCAUAGUAGUCUGCUCAGCGACCAGCAACUUCGAAAGACGAGUCGCCAUACGAGAGACGUGGGGCAGCUACAAGAACUACUUAGAAUCAGGAAGAAUAUUCAAAGAAGUACAAGAAAAAUACAAGAACUACAACUACACCUACGAUUUAUACGAGGAGGAAAAAAACAAUUUAAAUUUUAGUCUUAACUUAGAUAGGAAAAGACGAGACAUAUCUGGCUUCGGGCGGUUCCUUCCGGAACUGGCGAGGGCGCUGCAGAAGAAUCUUAUCACUGUGACAGAAGAGGCCGAAGAAAAGAGGUUCGAAGACGAGAAGGGAGAAGAAAUGUUGACCGGCUUCGAUAUGAACAAAGAACUUAACGAACAAGACGAACUAGACUUGGACUAUGAUGACGAAACUAACAUCAUGAAGAUACCGCCCAAAGGAUACGAGGAUCAGAGUCCGGACUUGGAUGACGUCAUCAAUAUGUUGAAGAAGACGAAAGAAUUCCCCAAAGAAGAAGUCUCAGAACCAGUUUCAGAUAAAGAAGUGGACUUCAAGCUGGUGUUCCUCCUGGGUCUGCCUUCACAAGACAACGACACGGACGUGCAGGAGAAGAUCGAUGAGGAAGUAGAUAAAUACGGUGACGUCAUACAAGAAGGAUUCAUAGACUCAUACAACAACCUCACACUCAAGUCCAUCAUGAUGCUGAAGUGGGUCACCAAUAACUGCAACGAAAGCGUCCGCUACAUCCUCAAGACUGAUGACGACAUGUACGUGAACGUGCCCAACCUGGUGCUGAACUUGAGGAACAGGUCCAGGGUCCACGACAGCUCCAAGGGGCGGGAGAAGGAGUACAUGCUGAUAGGAGACCUGAUAUGUGGCGCGCGACCCGUGCAGGAUGUUAGUAAUAAGUGGUACAGUCCGCGCUACAUGUACGGUGGGCGCGUGUACCCCCGCUACCUGUCAGGCACGGGGUACGCGCUGUCCGCGCCCGCCGCCAGCGCCCUCUACCGCGCCGCGCUACGGACCUCAUACUUCCAUCUUGAAGAUAUAUACAUCACGGGCAUGUGUUCAGUCCGCGCCACACCUCGUAUCGUGCCGCGCGACGAGCCGGGCUUCUCAUACAGCGCGACCAGCGGCGGGGGAGCGGGACGGAUGGACGCCUGUCUCGCUCACGGGCGACUCACCGCUCACAGGGUCACUCCUGACAGUAUGAGGACGGUCGCCGGGAGGCUGCUGAAGACCGACUACGUGGACAGAUGUGAAAGAUGGAGACUCACUAAGGUAAGGAAGGACAGACUGAAACCUAAACAACAGAGUAAGAAACUGUCCAUCGCCCUCACAUAG